AUGGCUGACUUCGAAUUCAGAGCAGACCUCGCAGCCAACAAGGAGUUGGUCUGCUCCAUUUCCCGCCUGCUGAAUGCGCAUGGGAUCCCCAAUCUCCUCUGGGGCGAGCUCGUCUUCAAUCUCUACGGAGUGCCUCUCCAAGUUUCAGACUUCAGUUUCGUCAUCCCUGACGACCUGAUCGACAAAGCGCGCAGUGUCCUCGAGACAGCCAAAUUCCCGCCCUGCCAGACAUGUCCCGCCAUCCAGCCAAACCGCCCCGCUCCACCCCCUAUGCCCACUUCAACAUCAAGCAGAAAGGAGACCCAAGAAAGUGGUUCCGAGUCGAACUCCACCGAAAGUCCGAUCUGCUUUGGACCGCCCCCAACAUCCCAGCUUGCGCUCCCGACGCAGAAGAUCCGCAUUACAUGCUUGCCAACGACGCCAGGAUACCAGCGUAGCCGCCGCGAGAGCUUCUCGGCCGGAUGCACCCCACCGAUUACCCUGUGA